AUGGGUGGCGCGAUGCAGGAGAACUACCUGUGCACAAUUGCCGAGAAGCUCCCUUCCAAUCCAUUCCCACCGCCAGCCGCUACAAUGUCGGCGGAGCCGGCGUUCACCACGUCCGCCAUCGUCGCCAGCACGGCGUCCGCCUCUCACGUGCUCAAGAUCGACGGCUACUCGCGCACCAAGGGCCUCGCCGUCGGCGUCCACCUCCGGUCCUGCUCCUUCCACGUGGGCGGCCACUCCUGGCACCUCGCCUACCUCCCCAACGGCGACUGCGUCGAGCGCUCCGACUACAUCUCCAUAUACCUGGUCCUCGACGGCACCGCCCCCGGCACCGCCGGCGGCGGCCCCGUGCUGGCGCAGUUCUCCAUCAGCCUACUCGAUCGCGCCGGCAAGCCGGCGCCAACCUACACCAGGACUGGCACGACGAACCAGUUCAGCGCCCCCGGCGCGCACUGGGGCUUCCCCGGCUUCAUCCGGAGGGAGGUGCUCGAGAAGUCGAGGCACCUCAACCUCAAGGAUGACAGCUUCUGCGUCCGCUGCGACGUCACCGUCGUCACCGAGUUCCGCGCCGAGGACGCCGCCACCAUCGCCGCCGAAGCCGCCGCCGUCCCCGUGUUCGUCGGGGUGCCGCCGUCGGACCUAUCGCGGCACCUCGGGCACCUCCUGCUCAACGAGCAGGGCGCCGAUGUGCGCUUCCGCGUUGACGGCGAGGACUUCCCCGCGCACCGGUGCGUGCUCGCGGUGCGCUCACCGGUGUUCCAGGCCGAGCUCUUCGGCACCAUGAAGGAAGCCUCCUCCGAGGCGCCAUGCGUGGAGAUACAUGACAUGAGGGCUGAUGUGUUCAAGAACCUGCUGCACUUCAUGUACACCGACUCGCUGCCGGAGCCUGAAGAGCCGCACGAUGAGGAAGCCCUGAUGGCUCAGCACCUACUCGUGGCUGCAGACAGGUAUGACAUGGAGAGGCUCAAGUUGAUCUGCGAGGACACUUUGUGCAGGCACAUCGAGGUGAGCAAUGCAGCAACCACUCUGGCGCUUGCUGAACAGCACCGUUGCCAGGGGCUCAAGGACGCUUGCUUCCAGUUCCUCAAGACUCCUGGGGCACUAAACGCUGUCAUGGCAACUGAAGACUUUGACCAUCUCGCCGUCAGCUGCCCGUCCCUCAUCAAGGAAUUGAUGUCUAAGCUUGCUGCCCGUUGA